ACAAUAGUUGCGGGAAAACUGAAGCAAGUGGUUCCCAUGUUGAUAACUUCUGAAACUAACAAAUAUAAGCAACAUGAAAACCCCAGCACCCAAAGAUGUCAAGAAGGGGAUUGCAGUACUUUGGGAGACAUUGCAAUGUCCUAUAUGCCUGGAAUUAAUGACUGCUCCUGUAUCUACAAAAUGUGAUCACCAGUUUUGCAAAUUUUGUAUGAUGAAGCUGUUGGACAACAACAAACAAAGAAGAGCCAACUGUCCAGUGUGCAAAGCCACGAUAACUAAAAGGAGUCUACAGGAGAGUCCUGGCUUUCAGAGACUCAUAGCAGGGUUGCAGGACAUGAUACAAGCAUAUGAACAUGACACUGGCACAAACUACUUCACUGGAAUGCCCCAAGCAAAACAACAGUCAGUUGAUACAAAUGCUGAGGGUAUUACACAUCCUCAUGGUGUGAUAUCUGAAGAUAUUCCUGGCAAUGAUGCUGAUGAUAUGGAAAAUGGAGACAAUGAUGAUCUUCCAAGGUCUUAUUCUUCAACUGUAGCAGCCCAGAAUGGAUUUGCAAGAUUAAUGGGACUCAGAGAUACAAGUCCUUUGACAACAGAAAAUGAGGGCCUGGACAGUGGUCUUGGGGAGGCUCCGCCAGCUUCAGAAAACAGAAUGCGUAGCUCUACAGAUGAUCUGGAACAGAAACAAACAAGAGUCUCAGAUGUUGGAAAAGCCAACAUCAACACACAAAACACAAAGUAAACAAGACACGUCCACCCUUCAACUGUUAACACCAGCUGAGGUGGAAGAAACAAACCUCCUAGGAACUCAUCAAGAAAAAAGAAGAAGAAAAAGAAGUCAGGGCCGGUAGAGAUCUUUGAGCAGAGACAGAAGAAGAGUGUGGAGAAAGUUACUGAGUGGCUCAUGACAGUUCCAACUGAGGAAUGCCUUGAAUUGGAGAAACUCACUGAAGACCCCUGUGAUUCAGAUGAAUCGGACAGUUUUUCCUCUGCCUCAACAAUAGAUCUCAAGCAACAUAUUAACAACAUGUCUUCAAUGAGAGAUGAUCAUGCUAAAGCCCUUGAAGAGCAGGUGUUUGGUGCUGUGUACAAACGUGAGCGAAAAAGGAACAGGACAGUCUCCUCAGCACCAACACACUACACUCCAAUUAGAAACACAGCGUCCGUAAAGAUUCUCCCAAAAAGGACAAGGAAAAACAAUCUUAUCCCUGAUGACCUGUCUGAAGACAGAAUUGAAAGUGACAUGGAAAAGGAACAGCAAAUAAUAGAAGCGGAAGAUAAUAUCAGCAGUGACAUUUUUAAAGAAGCAGAACAGAUGGUCACUGAGGGAGGCACACAAAGUGACAAUAACAGUGAAGCUGAAGAAAAAGUGUCUAAUAUUAGACCACCUCAACCAGAAAGAAAAUUAAAGAAAAGCCUGCGUAACGCUUUGCAGGAGGUUGACAGUGAUUUAAAAAAGAAAGUCGAGGCAGAGUCAGAAAGUACUGAGCAAAAGAAAACCACUAAAAGGAAAGGUAAAAAUGCAAAACUAACUAAAGCCAAGACUGUUCGAGUUGCCAAACCUCUUAUUUUGGUUGAAGCUCAAAAUGAAGAGAGCACUCCAGCAGAAGUCCCUAAAAGGUCAGAAGACGUUCAGGUUCAUAUUGAGAAUUACCCAAGUAGCGAGGAUCCAGAAACCCCUGUUCUAAGAAGUACUAGAAGAAGUAGAAGACUUCAGUGCUUUGCAGAGGAAGUUCAGGAAAAUAAAAAGAAAGCACCAGCAAAGAUAAAGGUAAAGGCAUCACAAAAAGACAGCAGUGUGACAAAUAAACCUGAGGAAACAAAAGGUGGAACAAAGGGUAAAAUGGCCUCACCUAAACGUGGAAACCUGACUAAGACGAUUAGCAAAAAUGGAUGCAUUUAUGAUAAAGAUUUAGAAGGAAUUGAAAACAUGGAGUGUUGUGAAAGCACACCAUUAUUGAAGCCAACAGAGUCUGUUCAGGAGUCAAUCACUGAAGUCCCAAAGACAGAAAACCGGUCUGAGCUCGGCGCUGCUUGUUAUGUGCCUGCGGUUCCAAGUUCCCCAAGUCCAAUGAAAGCAGAUGUGAUUGAUACUGUGCUGGAAAGUGACAGUCCAACUAAUCCACUUCCAAACACUGCUCAGAUGGAGAUGUCAGCAUGUGACAUUAAAUGUGCUGGAACAGAAAUCGAAGAGGAUAAGAAUGACAGUAAGCUGGACACGGAGCAACUGCUUCAGAGCUUCAAAGCCACCAAAAGGAAAUCUUUCCAUCUCGGAGGACCAAGUGUGAAACGGAGCCGCAGGUUUGAGGAAGAAAAUAUGCAUGGUAUUGAAGUGGAGGAAGAUCUGCCUCAUGCUGAGUCUGGGGCUGAAUUUGCAAAACAAAAGAACUGUAAAACAACAAACCUAGAUGGAGCCUGGGACAAUGAAAACUCAUCUUCUAGUGAUUUGAUCCCCCCAACUAACUCACCUGGCCUGACAAGAAAAGCAGCUGUUGCAGAACUGGAUCAAGUAGUUGCAGAAACCUCAACCCCAAAUAUUGUUGUUUCUAUUGAAGACAGAGAUGUUGACUGCCCUAGAAGUACAGAUAGCUAUGACCUCAGUCCUAACAAAGUGUCAAAAUUAGAAAUUGAUAGCCCUCAGCUUUCUGUCAACCCUCAAAUAGUAAAUUCUGGGCUCCCCUUCAUAGCCACUGAUUUGUCUGGAAGUGGAAAUGAGGCAGAAAAGUUGAAUGAAUGCUCAAGGUUUUCUCAGACCUCUGAGAGUCAGCUUCUGUGUCCCAUGAGAGAUGUUUGUGAAGUGGAGGAGAUAAGAGACGAUGUUUCACAGAGGAAUUCCACUGCCUCCGGAAAAUACUAUCCUGGUAACACAGUGGAACUUUUCUCAAAUGCAGAAUCCUCUUUAACUCCAGAUGGCCUUGUAACACCUGCUGUUCAGACCAGUAAAUCCACUGGAGAGCUCAGCGGUCACUCUUCCAUCAAAGGGAACCCAAGAAAAAGGAGUAGGGCGCAGAAGUUGGAGUCUUCAUCAGAGUCUGAUUCCAGCGGAUCCAGAGAAGAAUUACCAACUUUAGCCCAAAUUUUUGAAACAUCAGCUCGUUCCUGUUCUCAGAGGGGCUGAUUGCGAUAAAGUGGCUCCAGAGAAGCUAAUAAAUCUGUUACAGCUGAUGCAGCAAAACCAGUGAGCCACCCACCUGCAUGCUCAAGUCCAGACUUUGUUAAUUCCAGCCAAGCAUCUGUGGACUUGUUUGGCACACCAGAUGAAUGCGACGCUCCAGUAAAUGACCCAAGCGUUUUCAUGGAAUCAUCACAAUUCUCAAGCGAAGUCCUUGUUACACAGCAAAAGUUAGAAAUGCAGAAGGAGCUGGUGAGGCUGGAGAAGCUGAUGGCUCUGGUGUCAGAAGUGCUCCAGGAGAAAGAGAGCAGCCCAGAACACCACAGUAACCAUCAUAGCAGCAAAAGCACAGGCUCAGACCUUCACAGACCUCUUCUUCCUGAUACAGAUGCAGACCAAGGUCCAGAAAGAAAUAAUGUUCCAGGUGCAGGACAGAACCCCAGAAGAGGACCAUCUGAUGGCAAAGUUGUCCCCAAGACCAGCGUGUCUAAGCACAGCGGUGUAGCAGAGACAGAGUUAAAUGUAAAAGAUCCUGGAGCCUUGAAGAUGAUCACUUCAAGUACAUCAGCCAAAACAUUGAAGGCCUGUGUCUCACCAUCAGAUGGGCAAGAAGACAAAGAAAAUGAUACUCCCCAAAGAGACAGGAGUAAAGCCAAGAUGGUGCUUGUGUCAUCUGGACUAGGGCCCAAUGAGCAGAUAAUGGUGAAAAAGUUUGCCAAGAGAGUCGGGUCCCGUGUGGUUUCCCAGGUGACACCAGAGGUCACUCAUAUCGUAAUGCACACAGAUGAACAACUGGUAUGUGAGCGCACACUGAAGUACUUCCUUGGCAUCGCAGGCAGGAAGUGGGUGGUGAGCUUCCAGUGGAUUUCUGAGUGCUUCAAACAAAAGAAAGUCUUAGAUGAGAGUCUGUUUGAAGUGAGAGGUGACGUAGUGAAUGGACACAACCAUCAGGGCCCCAUGAGGGCUCGUACCACAGAUGACGCUAAUCUGCUCAUGAAGGGCUACACCAUCUGCUUCCAAGGACCUUUCACAGACAUGACUACAGAUGAAUUGGAGUGGAUGGUGGAGCUGUGUGGAGCCGUCGUAGUGAAGGACCCACUCAUGCUCGACGGCAAACAGAAGUCCCAUCAGCUGGUUAUUGUACAGUCGGGAUCAGAGUCACCAGCGUCCAAAUACAACAGCCUCUCCAGAAAAGCCACAGUUGUCACAAGAGGUUGGUUACUGGAUACAGUCGCAAUGUACACAAUCCAAAACUGCAAAAACUACACAACAUGAGUCCAGGUCCCUGUUCAUCACCACAGCCCUGCUUUAUUUUCUUGUGACGCAUUAUAGACCUCUGUUUAAUCUUCAGUACUGCAUUAACGUGUUUUAUUAAAAAGCAAUAACACUGUGGUCUGUUUGUAUAGCAUAAUGUGCAAUAAAGGUUAACAGAAUAAG